UUUGGGAAGUUGGCUGGCUGGCGAGGCAGAGCCUCUCCUCAAAGCCUGGCUCCCACGGAAAAUAUGCUCAGUGCAGCCGCGUGCAUGAAUGAAAACGCCGCCGGGCGCUUCUAGUCGGACAAAAUGCAGCCGAGAACUCCGCUCGUUCUGUGCGUUCUCCUGUCCCAGGUGCUGCUGCUAACAUCUGCAGAAGAUUUGGACUGCACUCCUGGAUUUCAGCAGAAAGUGUUCCAUAUCAAUCAGCCAGCUGAAUUCAUUGAGGACCAGUCAAUUCUAAACUUGACCUUCAGUGACUGUAAGGGAAAUGACAAGCUACGCUAUGAGGUCUCAAGCCCAUACUUCAAGGUGAACAGCGAUGGCGGCUUAGUUGCCCUGAGAAACAUAACUGCAGUGGGCAAGACUCUGUUUGUCCAUGCACGGACUCCCCAUGCAGAAGAUAUGGCAGAACUCGUGAUUGUCGGAGGGAGAGACAUCCAGGGCUCCUUGCAGGUAGUUGACAGUGACAGGCCAGAAAGGUCCAAGUUCCGGCUCACUGGAAAGGGAGUGGAUCAAGAGCCUAAAGGAAUUUUCAGAAUCAAUGAGAACACAGGGAGCGUCUCCGUGACACGGACCUUAGACAGAGAAGUAAUCGCUGUUUAUCAACUAUUUGUGGAGACCACUGAUGUCAAUGGCAAAACUCUCGAGGGGCCGGUGCCUCUGGAAGUCAUUGUGAUUGAUCAGAAUGACAACCGACCGAUCUUUCGGGAAGGCCCCUACAUCGGCCACGUCAUGGAAGGGUCACCCACAGGGACCACGGUGAUGCGGAUGACAGCCUUUGAUGCAGAUGACCCAGCCACUGAUAAUGCCCUGCUGCGGUAUAAUAUCCGUCAGCAGACGCCUGACAAGCCAUCUCCCAACAUGUUCUACAUCGAUCCUGAGAAAGGAGACAUUGUCACUGUUGUGUCACCUGCACUGCUGGACCGAGAGACUCUGGAAAAUCCCAAGUAUGAACUGAUCAUCGAGGCUCAAGAUAUGGCUGGACUGGAUGUUGGAUUAACAGGCACGGCCACAGCCACAAUCAUGAUCGAUGACAAAAAUGAUCACUCACCAAAAUUCACCAAGAAAGAGUUUCAAGCCACAGUCGAGGAAGGAGCUGUGGGAGUUAUUGUCAAUUUGACAGUUGAAGAUAAGGAUGACCCCACCACAGGUGCAUGGAGAGCUGCCUACACCAUUAUCAACGGAAACCCAGGGCAGAGCUUCGAAAUCCACACCAACCCCCAGACCAAUGAAGGGAUGCUUUCUGUCGUCAAACCAUUGGACUAUGAGAUUUCCGCCUUUCACACCCUGCUGAUCAAAGUGGAAAAUGAGGACCCACUCGUACCCGACGUCUCCUAUGGCCCCAGCUCCACAGCCACUGUCCACAUCACUGUCCUGGAUGUCAACGAGGGCCCAGUCUUCUACCCAGACCCCAUGAUGGUGACCAGGCAGGAGAACAUCUCGGUGGGCAGUGUGCUACUGACAGUGAAUGCCACGGACCCCGACUCCCUGCAGCAUCAAACCAUCAGGUAUUCUGUUUACAAGGACCCAGCAGGUUGGCUGAAUAUUAACCCCAUCAAUGGGACUGUUGACACCACAGCUGUGCUGGACCGUGAGUCCCCAUUUGUCGACAACAGCGUGUACACUGCUCUCUUCCUGGCAAUUGACAGUGGCAACCCUCCUGCUACAGGCACUGGGACUUUGCUGAUAACCCUGGAGGACGUGAACGACAAUGCCCCCUUCAUUUACCCCACAGUAGCUGAAGUCUGUGAUGAUGCCAAAAACCUCAGUGUAGUCAUUUUGGGAGCAUCAGAUAAGGAUCUUCACCCGAAUACAGAUCCUUUCAAAUUUGAAAUCCACAAACAAGCUGUUCCUGAUAAAGUCUGGAAGAUCUCCAAGAUCAACAAUACACACGCCCUGGUAAGCCUUCUUCAGAAUCUGAACAAAGCAAACUACAACCUGCCCAUCAUGGUGACAGAUUCAGGGAAACCACCCAUGACGAACAUCACAGAUCUCAGGGUACAAGUGUGCUCCUGCAGGAAUUCCAAAGUGGACUGCAACGCGGCAGGGGCCCUGCACUUCAGCCUGCCCUCACUCCUGCUCCUCAGCCUCUUCAGCUUAGCUUGUCUGUGAGAACUCCUGACGUCUGAAGCUUGACUCCCAAGUUUCCAUAGCAACAGGAAAAAGAAAAAAAAAAUCUAUCCAAAUCUGAAGAUUGCGGUUUACAGCUAUCGAACUUCACAACUAGGCCUCAAUUGUUCCAGGUUUUUGUUUUCUUUGCAAUUUCACUUAGUCUGUACUUCAUCAUUUUGACAGCAUCUUCCUCCCUCCUUUAAUUAAUGGAAUCCUCUGAAUUUUCCCUG